AUGGCCCUCCACAAAACAUGUGGACCCGAGAAUGGUAUGGAGUACUUGGGUAUCAUCUUAGACUCCCAUUAUAUGGAAGCCAGACUACCCGAAGACAAACUAAAACGCGAUACCGAGAUGCUACAAUCAUUCCAAAGCCGACAGUCGUGCACCAAAAGAGAACUAUUACAGCUUCUGGGGCAUCUCAAUUUCGCGAACAAAGUAAUCAUCCCAGGCAAGAGUUUUAUUUCUCACAUUAUCAAGCUGUCAACUACCGUCAAACCAUUACAUUACCAUGUCAAGCUAAAUCAGGAAUGUAGGGAAGACAUACGAAUGUGGUUGUCUUUUUUGGCUCAGUGGAACGGGGCAGCCAUAUUCUACGACCGCCAAAUCACAUCAACUGAUGACCUACAACUAUUUACUGAUGCGUCCGGCACACUAGGUUACGGUGGAUACAUGCAAGGUGAAUGGUUUUCAGAAGCAUGGCCAUCAUCCAUGCAGGAACACGCGAACAGCGAGGAAGAACUAUCAAUAGCGUUUAAGGAACUGUACCCUAUUGUAGUGGCCGCCAUGAUAUGGGGUCAUUUGUGGAAGGGUUUGAGGAUCAUGUUUAUGUGUGACAACACAGCUACUGUGUCUAUUCUACAUAAAGGACGCUCUAAAGCUUCUCAUAUCAUGCCUUUAAUGAGACGUCUUACUAUGUGUGCUGAUAUGAACAUGUUUGUGGUCAUGUCUCGGCAUGUCCCAGGCAAAAGUAAACUCAUCGCGGAUUCUCAAUCUCGUUUGCAGAUCCGUCGAUUCCGAGAACUAGCCCCGGAAGCAAACCGCCUACCAUGCCAGGUCCCACAUCCAUCGGAGGUAUUCAGGAGGUAG